AUGACAACAGACAGAUGUUUGAUUGUAAUAGCUGGUAUUUUAGAAGAUUGUACUUUUAAUCAUAUUUGUUUUGUCGCUAAAAAUUUAGCUGCAAUAUUACCAAAUUUUCAUUACAGAAGUAUUAGUAAAAGUUCCGCGAAAUGGGAUUGCUGGUUGAAAGAAACUUGUGAUCUUUAUAAAUGGACUCACACGAAAUCUCCUUUAAUAUGGAGGGAAAUUGGACUUAGUCGAACUCACAUAAAUUAUAUUGGAGGCAGUUUUCAGUUUUGGGAAUUGUUGCAUAAGUAUUAUAACAUUAGUUUGUAUUUAAAUAAAGAAGAACUUGAUGCAUUACAAGCAGACUUAUUACUUGCCCGCAACAUAGAGAGUCAAAGAAGUAAGCCUUUACAGAUACAAGAAAAAUAUCGUCUAAUAAUGAUAAUAGGAUCAGGGAGAUCAAUGUGCCUCGAUCUUGUUCCUCAAUUGUUAAUGACAAAAGAACUCUGGUUAACUCAGGGAAUUGUUAUUAACUUGUAUGACGAACCAGGAUGUUUCUUUAAACUUAAAAGAAUUUUUAAAGACGCAAGAACAACAGGCGCUGGUUUAAAUACAGUAAAUAUUGUAGAAAAUAUCGCCGAUGGAUUAAAAAACUGUGACAUAUUAAUUUACCUUGAUAGUUUAGUACGAGAAGAAUAUGAAGGGACAGAUAAUUGGUUACAACGUAAUUAUAAAACUAUAGCAAAUUUAUGUACACAAAUAAAUGAAUAUGCACCCUCGCAUAUGAAAGUAAUUUUCUGUUCAAGGUGUCUUCCAUGUUUUUAUGCCAAUAUUAUGUUGGAACUUGUUACAAAAUUAUCAAGCACAAACAUUGUAGUUGCUAGUGCCCAUUAUGGUUUAGAACUUAUAUAUACAUUUGUAAGUUCGUUUGGCCUUACCCAACAAAAUUUUGGCUGUCCACCUGUUUGGGGUUUUUUGGGAAUCAGUCACUUUGUAGAUGUUCAUCAUAUGAUUCAAAAGUGUGAUGUAUAUUAUCCAAAUAAGAGAGCUCUAAAUUUAAAUGAGAAUAUGAUACUACCACUUGGAAUUCAACAUUCCGAAUUAAGGUGGUUUUUUUACAUGGCACAUGAUAAAUAUCCUUAUAAAAACUACUUUACACACAAGGCUCUUCUUCGGUAUCAAAUGGGCAGAUCAGAAGAUUUUCCAAAAUGUAGAGCAAUUUGUGAUCUUCUAAAAUUAUGGUACAGUAAGAAAGAAAGCAUUGGGGAUGAAAUUAUAUCAUUGGGAAUUGCGUCUGAUGGUUCAUUUGGUAUCCCAAAAGGAUUAGUAUUUUCACAACCAGUUUAUCUAAAAGAAUGUGAUGAUGGUUUGCGAAUAUGGGUUCCUUUCAAAGAUUUUCCAAUGCCAAACAUGUCACUUUCUAUAUUCCAAAGCCUUAUAGACACUGCUAUUUAUAUUAAGAAGAAAAUAACUGAAUUCAAAAACAGUUUUGAUGCAACAAAUUUUCAACUUAUAUAAAUAUGAUUUUAGUGCUUUAUAUUCACUAAACAAGUCUAUAUUUAUUUUUAAUCACAAAAUCAUAAUUUUAUUGUAUCAAUUAACAUACAUAAAUAGCAGUAAAUUAUACAAAUUUAAUGUAUAGAAUCAAAUUAAUUGUUAUAAUAUACAUUUAUAAUCAAUAAAAUUGCACAUUUUUUUUACAAUUAAUGCUUGACAUUAGAUUAAUUUAAAUAAAAAAUAUUUGUGUUCAUAUGACUUGAAAUAAACAAUAGGAUAUUAAAAUUAAACUUAAUAAAUAUAAAUAUUUUUACAGUGUUAUUAAUGAAUUAUAAGAGUAAUA